AUGCACGCUGACAAUCUAGUUAAUGAAUUAUGCUUCGAUCUUUCACGGUUCAACUCAAAAGUCUACAGCAUGUCCAAUUUUGUUAACUCGCUGGUCAAUCAUGAAGACAAUGGCAAUCUCCUUUCUUAUGAACAGACUAUAAAAUAUGCUGAAUUUCCUGUUCUCGGCCUACAUCCUGACGAAAAGGAGAUAUUUGGUGAAGAUAUCCAUGUCGAACAUGAUGAGGUUUUCCGCGCGUUGGACUGGCUGAAGAGCAAAGGAGUUACAGAUAUUAUUGAACUCACAGUUCCAGACCGACUUGUGAAUCCGCACGAUGAGCAAAAGAUAGGCGAAUAUGUUGGGAAAUUCAAGAUUGAAGUUCUUGACUGGAAGUUCCUUGACAUGUCUAUUGCAACCUUCAGAACUCCUUCUGAUUCUGAAGGCAAGGAUGCAGAUUCUACGGGUGGUAACUCGCUUCACAGAAUUAGGGAGCUCCACUUAUACUCAAGCGGCAAAAGAGCUGUAAUCAGCCACUGGCUAGGGCCAGAUGGUGUGCCGUCGCUUCCAAAUGUGCGUUGCAUCGAAAUUCAAGCUUUUUUUUUUUCCCCCCCAUCAAUUCAAAUACUAACUAUAUAA